AUGCUUGCCUGCCGAACUCUCGCGCGUCUGAGCCUGCCCAAGACCUCGGCGCGCGACGUUGCCCACCUCUCGCAACAGCUCCGCUGCACCGUUAUCAGCACUCCAUUGGCUCUGCGCGCCGGCUACGCCACUGCCACCGCGACCAAGUCUCGCACCACCACCAAGAAGGCUGCCGCUACCACCACCAAGAAGCCCGCUACCAAGACGGCCGCCAAGAAGCCCGCUGCUAAGAAGACCGCUGCGCCCAAGAAGAAGACCGCCGCCGCCGCCAAGGAGACCAAGCCUAAGAAGCGCCUGACCGAAAAGCAAAAGGAGGCCCGCGAUGCUAAGAAGGCCCGUGAUGAGAUCAAGGAGCUCAAGGAGAAGGCGCUCAAGGAGCCCAAGGGCCUGCCUGCCAACGCCUACCAGGUCUUCUUCCAGGAGACUGUCUCCAAGGAAGCCAGCAAGAAGGAUGGCCGUAGCGUCGCCGACAUUGCCAAGACUACGGCUGAGCGCUACAAGAACAUGAGCCCCGCCGAGCUCGAGCAACUCAACCACCGCGCCAACGAGUCCAGGGCUGCCAACGCCGCUGCCUACAAGAAGUGGCUCGAGAGCUACACGCCUGCCGAGAUCCGCCAGGCCAACCAGGCCCGCGCGUCGCUGAGGCGCAAGACGGACGGCAAGUACAGGCCUGGAAACAUCAAGGACGACCGCCUGGUCAAGGGCAGCAAGUCGGCCUAUGUCAUCUUCUGCGAGAGCCGCUGGAAGAGCGGCGACUUGGCCAACAUUUCCGUCAUCGAGGCGGCCAAGCUGAUGGGCCAGGAGUGGAAGAAGCUCGGCGCCGCCGAGAAGAAGAAGUUCGACGCCGCCGCCGAGGCCGACGUGCAGCGUUAUAUCCGCGAGCACAAGGAGGUCUAUGGCGAGGAACCCAGGAGCCGUUCUUCGUCCCCCAGCCCUUAA